AUGGAUAAGGAAAACAUCGACCCAAAUGACCAGACGCUGGUUCAAGAGCGCUACCGUGCCAAACAAAAAGAGCUUCGGCAACAUUUGAAAAUUGUUGACCAGCUCAAAUUCGAGUUGAUGGAAUUGCUGAUCGAAUUGGAGAACGAGAAGCUCAGCGAGCGACUUCAAUCUAAAGCUAAAACUGGCAAAACGGAACAUGCCAUUUACAAGCAGGCUCACCAAGAAACGACGGCUGAACUUAGAGUUUUGGAUGAUGUGCAAAAUAUCCCGACAUCUCCGACUCCGCUCCAACAAAUCAAGAAGAAAGCGUCGUUGCUUAAUGACGAUUGGAAUCCGAUGGUGCAACAAUUAGGCCAGGAACUUCAUCGCAAAACGUCCAGACUCAAUCAAAAUGUCCAAGUCAAGACGUCCCAGUUUUUUAACGAUUUGAUGGUGAAUCUCAGUCCACAGAAAUCUCCCACCCGAAGUCCGUUGCGGCCAGAUGUGCGAGGACGUAUACUCUUCGACCAAGAAGUACAAGUGGUGGACAUCGAUGAUUACGAGAGCGACGACGACUUUCAAAGACAAGUGAUGCCCCAGUCGGUGAUAUGA